AGCAUCUUGCUUCCGUCUGUCUCCCCCUUCUCCUCUCCCCGCCGGUCGCCUUCUCCCUUCUCUUCUCCCCUCCCUCCCCGCGAGCGGAAACCAAACCCCUACUAGGGUUUGCGCUCCGGGCAUGCUCCCCUCCUAGCCACCACCUCUCUUCUCAUGGCCCUGUCCACCUCCUUCUGGCCAUGACCGCCACCGCUGCCGAUUUCUCCCGCAACCACCGCAAGCGCCACAUCGACUCCCCCCUGCCCCGCCACUUCCACGUCCCGCAGCGCCUCAGCCGCCUCCGCUUCAGCCCCUGUGUCUUAUUCGCGCCCCCUCCGGAGGCGAGGUCUUUCGCAUUCGACAUGGGCAACUAUGCCUCCGGCCUCUUAUGCGGCCGGCGGCCCAGGGAUGAUGGGCGGGAGGUGUGCGGGCGCUGGGUCGGCGUGUCGCGGGAUCUCACUGUGGUCACGGAGGAGGAAGCGGGGACGACGGCGCACUUGGUGAACAGGGGGGUUGGGGAUGCGAGGAAGGCCGCCUUGGAAGCGUUGCCGCCUCGUCCACGGGAGAAGAGGAAGCCGUUCUACUUGGAGGCGCUCGAGGGGGCGAGGCAGCGCGACCCGAGGUUGGAAGCAUUAGGGUCCGAGGUGAGGCUCCAAGUGGAGAAGCUUGCUGAGAUACGGAAGUCAGACAAGGCUCCCAAGGAGGAUCUGUCUGAACUCUUUAAACCUCUCACCACUGAGGAGGAAAAUGAAGUUAAUGAUUGUUUGUACAGUAGAGGUCCAAGUAGCAUAGUCCUAGUGCUGCAUGAAUCUUCUAACAUCGAGAUCAGCAAAGAGAAGUUCCGGUGCUUGAGACCUGGUGGCUGGUUAAAUGAUGAGGUUAUUAACCUGUACCUUGAAUUGUUGAAGGAGAGGGAAAAAAGAGAACCGAAAAGAUUUUUGAAAUGCCAUUUCUUUAAUACAUUCUUUUAUAAGAAGCUUGCUUGUGGAAAAAAUGGGUAUGACUACAAAUCUGUUAGAAGAUGGACUACCCACAGGAAGUUGGGCUAUGAGCUCAUUGAAUGCGAUAAAAUCUUUGUCCCUGUACAUAAAGAUAUACAUUGGUGUUUAGCAAUUAUAAACAUGAAGGAAAAUACAUUUCAAUACCUUGAUUCUCUUGGAGGCAUGGAUCGUGAUGUGCUAAGAAUACUGGCUAGUUAUAUUGCAGAGGAAGUGAAGGACAAAAGUAACAAAGUAAUCGACACUAGUUCUUGGCAUGAAGAGUUGAUUGAUUAUAUUCCUUUACAGCAGAAUGGGUGGGAUUGUGGUAUGUUUAUGCUCAAGUACAUUGAUUUCCACAGCAGAGGAUUGAGCCUGUCUUUUAGUCAGGAACACAUGGAAUAUUUUAGGAAGAGAACAGCAAAGGAAAUCUUAAGAUUAAGAGCUGACUGAUGGAUACACAUCCUUCUCUUUUUGGAAUAGAAGCUGUUUUUUUUUAUUGACAAUUAGAAUAGAAGCUGAUUGAGUCAUGCCAAUAUUCCUUGUUUGGCAUCGUUCUAACCUGCAAAUCCAUUAUUGGACGUUUGUCGCGAUGACAGGAUCAUAUGUUCUCCCUUAGAUGCUGGAUAAUAUGGUCUGCGACCUGAAGCUGCUGAACGAUGGCGUCCAAUGAUGUAAAUGCUACUGAUUUUCUGCAAAGCAAUCUUGUCUAGGGAUUUGAGUGGCAGGAACAGUGAGGUGUAGCUGCACUGAUAUUUGUCUUUGGUUGUAGUUUGUUUCAGAUUAGUUUGUGCUAGGAUAAUUCUUUUUCUGCCAUGGUUCUAAUCUUGUACUUUAAUUUAAGGCCUGUAGGUGUGGAUCUGUUGAUUGCGAGUCGGCAGUCAGAUGGAUGUGCUUAUAUUUGAUGGUUCCCCACAGUUUAACAAUUUUCACUCCUUGUUUUUUGUCUUCC